AUGGCACGACAACCAGCGCGCCCGAUCCUCCCAUUGCCCGCCAACAUGGAGGCUGUUGUAACCAUCAAGCUUGGCAACCGCGCAAAGUCGCGAUCAACGGCUGGCCAAGCCACCAUCGUGGUCGAUUUGCGCGCGCCUUUUUCUCUCAUCCAAGAAGCCAUCGCUCUCGAAGCCAGCCGCAUCAAGGUCGCGUACGACGCGACUGAAGCCAACCGCAGAGACAAGAUCACGUUGGAGCUACCGAGCCUGCUCCUUAUUUUCUUCAAGACAGGUGUCUCGAAGGCGCAAAACGACUACGUCGGCCUUGAAGAGGGCAACUUCAUUGCCGAGUUCACGACCGCGUGGAAAUGCCUCCAAGAGAGGCGUUCCGCCGCGGCGGCGACGUACAAGCUCGAGCUGUUUGUCUAUGCAACCAAGUCCAAGCAGAACCAGACGAUCAACUAG